UCGAUUUGGCUCCAUCAAAUUUCCUAGGCGACAGCGACGGCCGGCGACGAUCAGAUAUUGAAUGUCCCGAAUUUCCUUUCCUUCCUUGCUUUACCUGCAAGCUUCCGCUUUCUGUUUUGAACGGCUCCCUUAAUCUUCUAUGGCACAGACAGCCUCACAACAUUGACAACCCACUUUCUAUUUUGUCUUGAUUCGUUUCCCUGAAGCUUUCUCAACUCGAACGACGCCGCCAGUCGGACAAUUGAAGCUCCGUGUUUCAGGUGGAUAAUAGUUUUCUAGCAUGCAAAUUAAGAAUUGAGGUAAAGUGAACUCUUUUUCGGGAGAUGCCCGAGUUCUUUCUGGACACUAAUGCUAAAAGGAGCGAAGCUCACAGCUCAUGUGGGCAAAGCCCUGCAGUCUUUGCCUAAGAACCCUUAUUUCGUUCUUUUUCCAUCUGGAUUUUUUAGAUAUUAUGGUAAUGUUAACUCGAAACAUGAUGGGGCAAUUCAUGAAACUGAAUGGGAAAGAUUACUCAGACCGUUUGACCUCAAAGAGCUUCGAAAAUCUUUUAAUCAAAUCACCCCUUUUCAACUCUGUAAACUGCUUGAAUUGCCACUUGAUGUAUCCACAUCAAUGGCAAUAUUCCAAUGGGCAGGUGCCCAGAAGGGCUAUUGUCACACAUUUAAGGUGUACUAUGUGUUAAUCAAAAAGCUUGGUGAAGCCAAAGAGUUUAAAGUUAUAGAUAGGUUGUUGUUGCAGAUGAAAGAGGAAGGGAUUGUUUUUAGAGAGCCCCUCUUCAUAUGUAUUAUGAAAUCUUAUGGGAGAGCUAGUUUGCCUGGUCAAGCUACUAGGCUGUUGUUGGAUAUGAAAUGUGUUUAUUCUUGUGAGCCAACAUUUAAGUCUUAUAAUGUUGUGUUGGAGAUACUGGUAGCUGGUAACUGCCCUAGUGUUGCAUCAAAUAUUUUUUACGACAUGCUGAGUAAGGGUGUAUUACCCACUGUUUACACAUUUGGGGUGGUGAUGAAAGCGCUCUGUAUGGUUAAUGAAGUUGAUAAUGCUUGCUCACUGCUUAGAGACAUGACAAAAUAUGGGUGUGUGCCAAAUUCUGUGGUCUACCAGACUCUCAUACAUGCACUUUCGAAAAGAGAUAGAGUGAAUGAAGCAUUGAAAUUUCUGGAGGAAAUGUUCCUGAUGGGAUGCAUUCCUGAUGUUGAUACCUUCAAUGAUGUUAUUUAUGGAUUGUGCAGGCUUAAUCGAAUUCAUGAGGGGGCAAAAUUGGUUGACCGCAUGCUUGUCCGAGGUUUCACCCCGAAUGAUAUGACUUAUGGAGUUCUAAUGCAUGGGUUGUGUAGAGCGGCACAAGUAGAUGAAGCCCAGGUGUUGUUGAACAAAAUCCCUGUUCCAAAUGCAGUGCACUUCAAUAUCGUGAUUAAUGGAUAUGUAAAGAGUGGCCGCUUGGAUGAAGCUAAGGGUUUUUUGUAUGAUAAGAUGUUAAAGGAUGGAUGUAGGCCUGAUCUUUUCACAUUUAACAUACUGAUACAUGGGUUUUGCAAGAAGGGGCUUAUGGGUUCAGCUCUUGAAUUGGUUGAUGAGAUGGCUGUCAGUGGUUGCAAGCCCAAUGUAAUGACAUACACUAUUUUGCUUGAUGGGUUCUGUAAGAAAGGUCAAUUAGAUGAAGUUGGUCAUGUUUUAAAUGAGAUGUCAGCUAAGGGACUUGGUUUGAGUUUAGAGGGAUACAACACCCUAAUAUGUGCUUUAUGCAAGGGUGGGAAGGUUCAUGAAGCUUUGGAGAUGCUUGGUGAAAUGUCAAGCAAAGGAUGUAAGCCUGACAUAUUUACAUUUAAUACUCUAAUAUUUGGUUUAUGCAAGGUUGAUGAGAUGGAGGAAGCCUUAGGACUCUAUCGUGAUAUGUUAUUGGAGGGUGUUAUUGCCAAUACUGUAACUUUCAACACAUUGAUUCAUGCCUUUUUGAGGAGAGGUGCAAUUCAAGAAGCACUUAAGCUUGUAAAUGAUAUGUUAUUCAGAGGAUGCCCUCUUGAUAAAAUCACUUACAAUGGCCUAAUAAAAGCAUUCUGCAAAGCUGGGGCCAUUAAGAAAGGAUUGGGAUUGUUUGAAGAAAUGAUCAGGAAGGAUCUAAUUCCCAGUAAUAUCUCAUGCAAUAUAUUGAUCAAUGGCCUUUGUAGAGUUGGCAAAGUACGUAAUGCACUUGAGCUUCUAAGGGAUAUGAUUCAUCGAGGUUUGGCACCUGACAUUGUCAGCUACAACAGCCUGAUUAAUGGUUUAUGCAAGAUGGGGAACAUUCGGGAGGCUGUCAAUCUCUUUGACAAAUUGCAGGUUGAAGGAAUACAACCUGAUGCUAUUACUUAUAACACUUUGAUUUGUUGGCAUUGCAGAGAUGGAAUGUUUGACGAUGCAUGUUUACUCCUCCAUCAAAGUGUCAAGAAUGACUUUGUACCUAAUGAUGUAACAUGGUAUAUUUUGGUCAGCAAUUUUUUUAAAAAAAGUGGCAAUGAGAGUAAAACUUCAUCCUAUUCUCAGUUUUAAUUCACUGGAAGGGAGCUUCUGAUCUUGGAAGACGAAUUUGCUUAGGCAUCGUUAAUUGAUCCCUUCCAGCUGCAUCCAAAUGGAAAAUAUUGUUCGUUGCAAUUUCACACAAUAUGAGCUGCCUGAUCCUUCUACUCCUUGCUACUUAAUGGUCAGUAGUUGGUGAUUUGCAUUUCUUUUUUUUGGAUUUUACAUUAAUGUUGAUUUGCUAACUUUCAUUUACCUUUUGCAGAUUGGUCUACUACAGGAGAUGAGUGUAUCACCAUGUGUUUACGAAAGGUUGGUGCUGCUCUAAAAGCUGAGUAGUUGAAGUUGAACAUAGAUGAUGAGUAUCUGAAGUUAAUCCUGGUUUGUAGAUGAACUGAAUAUGGAUAUCAAGAGGGCCUUUCUGAAAUCUGGAUUACCAUUGGUUCAAUAUUCAUAGGGGUGCUGUCCAGCCAAGUCAAAUCAAUACAAUGUACUACUACUCCUCUAACUUGAUUUGAUUAGAAAACUCAACUCAAGCUUGAUCUAAUCCUGUAUUCCUAUCUUUUCAUGUUCAUUCACAACUCGGUUGGACACACAAACUAAACUCAAUUGCUAUUAAAGUUAUUGAUCUUGAAUUAAGGCUUGAGUUGAAACUUAAUAUCAUAAAUUAUUAUUUAAAUAGUAUAGUAUAAAAUAUAUUUGAAAUGCUAGAUUAGGCUCCCGAACUACUUUGGUCGAGCAUUAUCAUACUUAAAUUUGGCUUAACUUGCUACUCGUGUUUGAACUCCACUCGGUGAAUAUGUUUGCUAGCUAAGUCUGAGUAGUUUGUCUCAAUUACACUUAAAUUUUCUUCUAUUUUGUUCCCCUUUCACUGUUUUUUUUUUUAUUAUUUAUAUUUUAUUUUAUUUUUUUUCGUGUGCGAGCUACUGGUUAGAUUUGUUGACUCUUACUUCGUCCUUGUGUUAUUUCUUCA